AUGCCGCGGCCAGGCGAGUUCGAGUCCGUCCCGGGCUACUUCGUCGACUACGCCGCUCUCGCGGCCCAGGACCCGACGCUCAAGAUCACGACCCAGCCCGGGCUCGGCCUCCUCGACGAGCGCUUUACGACCUACGUCGACGCGCUUAACGCCCGCAACCCUACCGGCACUACCUCGUAUAAAGCCGACGCCAAGCUAAUCCCCAAGGGCGUCGUACAGGCCGCGGACCUGGCGCGCUUCUGGGCCGCCGGCAUCGCCGAGGCCGGCAUCCCCCACCUCUCGACCCUCUAUACUAGCCCGCUUACCCGCUACCUCGAGACGACCCGCCUCGUCUUCAGCAAUAUUUUCGCAGCCGCCGCCGCCGCCUCCUACACCCCGGCCGGCGCCAAGGCCGCGUCCGCAUCCAUAUCCUCUCCCCCCUUCCGCCCUAUCGUUAAAGAGCUCCUCCGCGAGCAUAUAACGGACCAUACCUACUACCGCCACUACGUUAUUAAGGACGGCUUUAAGGGAGAGGACGCCGCGUUUGAUAACAUCUUCGCCACCAACGCCUGUCGCUUCCUCUCGCUGACCAUCCAUUCGUACGCCAUCGCCGCCAUCCUCGAGGCCGUCGGCUCGCCUGUCUUCAAGCUGCCUAAGGGGUCGUCGAUGGUGGUACUGGUCAAGGCGACGAGGCUGGAGGGCUAG